AUGCCCACAGGAACCCAAAAAUCCGGUAGCUCAUACUCCGGCGGUGGCCAGUCAAGCGUCGGCCAGCCCUCCGUGUACGAGGCUGGCGACCAGCGCAACGAGCCCCAGUCUGCCAUUAACCAGCGGGAACGGUACCAUGAGGGCCAGAAGGGAAGCCACAGAAACUUGGAUUCGAAGGAUGAACGCUCGAUUGCCAAUAAGCUCGCUUCGGCGGAACAGCACCCCAACCGUAACAAGCCGUACGAUCCUGAGGCAGAGUUGAGCAAGAAGGAUCCCACUGCUCCGGCGACUCUGCACGGCUUUGAGCCCUCGAAGGGAGCCAAGAUCGACAAGGAGCUGCAGGAGGACGAUGAGCAGCGGUUGAGGGAGAAGGGAAUCAAGAAAUAA